AUGCUCAGAUUCUUGCAGAAGUGCAAAAACACCAAUCACUUAAAGCAAACUCAUCUCCAGAUACUCGUCAAUGGCCUCAAAGACAAUGACUCUCUAUUACACAAUCUCAUCACUGUUUCCUCCGACCUCAUUUCAGUGGAUUAUGCUUUCACUGUGCUUCAAACUUCGAAUUCUCCUGACGUUAUUGCUUAUAACACAAUGAUCAAAUGCUUCAUCGGUCGUGAAAACAACUCUACCGCAUAUAAUGCACUGCGUGCUUACAAACAGAUGAGGAGCAGAGCGUUUUUGGUAUCACCCAACAGUUUCACCUUCACUUUUCUUCUGAAAACUAUCGAGGGUUUGGAUGUCGGUAGAAUGAUUCACGGAGAAGUUUUGAAGAUGGGUCUUGACGCUUCGAGUGUGUUUGUUGGAAACACCCUUCUAAAUUUCUACUCCAAGUCUGGUAAUGAUGGUGUUGACUUGGCGUCCAAGGUGUUCGAUGAAAUGCCUGAGAGAGAUACCGUGUCUUGGAAUACAAUGAUUGCGAUGUAUAUGGAUUGUCAAGAAGUUGAAUCCGCUAUCAAGUUGUUUGAAUCAAUGCCAAAAAGAAGCAUCGUGACAUGGAAUUCUGUCAUCACAGGGUUAGCAAAAAACGGAAAGAUGGAAUCCGCACGUUCAGUGUUCGACAAAAUGCCUGAGAAAAACGAAGUUUCAUGGAACUGUCUAAUCUCUGGAUAUGUCAAAGCAGGUGACUUAAAAAACGCAGAGAACAUGUUCGAUGAAAUGCCUGUAAAGUCUGUGGUAACAUCUACAUCAAUCAUAUCAGGAUACGCUGCAUCUGGAGAUCUUGAAUCAGCAAGAAAAAUGUUCAAUCAAAUGGGCAUCAAAAGAAAUGUAGUAACUUGGAACGCUAUGAUUGCAGGAUAUGUAAACAAAAGCCAAUUCAAUGAAGCUCUUUCUUUGUUUCAUUUCAUGUUACUUGAUAACAAAUGCAAACCUGAUCACAUCACUUUAAUUAGCAUCCUCUCUGCUUCUUCUCACUUGGGUUCUCUUGAAAAUGGCAAAUGGAUAAGCUCAUAUAUAAACAAAAACAAGAUUAAUCUCUCAACCCCUUUAGGAAACGCAUUAAUAGACAUGUUCACAAAAUGUGGGGACAUCGAAAAUGGUAAAUCAAUUUUUAACAAAAUGUCCAACAAAUGUAUAAUCACAUGGACAACAAUGGUGUCAGGGUUGGCAGUUAAUGGGAAAUGUAAAGAAGCUUUGAAUUUUUUUAACAAGAUGUGUGAUGAAGGAAUAAAACCAGAUGAUGUCAUGUUUAUUGCUGUUCUUUCAGCUUGCAACCAUGGAGGAAUGGUGAAAGAGGGUAAGAGUUUAUUCCAAAAAAUGGUAAAUUUCUAUGGGAUUAAACCUAAAAUCGAGCAUUAUGGAUGCUUGAUUGAUCUUUUAGCUCGAUCUGGGGAGUUACAUGAAGCAAUUAGGUUAAUAGAAAACAUGGAUUUGGAGGCUAAUUCGGUAAUUUGGGCUACUAUGAUUAGUGCUUGUAAGCUACAUGGAAAUGGUGAAUUGUUUGAGUAUGUAAGUAAGAAAGUAUUGGAUAAAGAAGGUUUAAAUUGUGGAUAUUUGACAUUUAAUUACAAAUUUGAGUUCAUCAAUUGGAAGGUGGGAAGAUGCUUUGAGGUUUAG